AUGCCGCUUGAUUCUUCAAUUGGUGAAUGGAAAUCGUCUUCACAAGCGAAAGGGUCCGUGCGAGAUCCUCAACUUGUCGAUGAAUCCGAUACGUCGCGCGCCCCUUUCACGCCACAAGUCCAUUUAUCAGCUGUAAAUGCAGCAGGUUCUGCGUACGGCCUGUUUGUAUUAGACGCAUCAUUUUUCGAAACAUUAGUACCAAAUCAUUCUGCAUUGUUUGAAUGCUACCUUCAUGUGAAGACACUUCUCAGUAUUCUUCAUUCAAGAAGCAAGAUUCAUCGAUGUACCGUGUCGCUUGACGAAAGUGAGGCUACAAUGCGCCUUUGUUUUUUAUUAGAUUGUCAUCUCGGAAUCCAGAAGAAGCACAAACUUACUUAUGAGGACCGAGCCUGUCUCUUUCCUGCAGUUGAAAUGUCGUCGCCAUAUACCUUGACUGUCCAACCGUCACUAGCUCGCGACUGGACAGAACACUUCUUCAGUAUGGGAAAAUCUGGAGAAUGUUCCUUGCACUGUACACGAUUGUCAUGUGCUAUGAGGUGUUGUGUGGAUGGCCCAUUAGAUGGACAACUCCGCCAUUCGAUCCAGAGUGAAGUGCGUAUUUGUCCAGACGACUUAAAAGAGUAUAAUGUGGAUCAAGAGACGAACAUAUAUUUUUCGUUGUGGGAAUUUCGUGCUGCUAUUUCUGCUGCUGAAGUCUUAAGUACUCACAUCCGCCUAGAGUUUGCACAGGGAGGCGAUCCUCUGUUUCUUCAUAUAGAUGCGCGCGGCGAUUUAAAAGGUGACUUUAUUCUGGCUACAGCUAGUGAGCCGACGCAAGCGCCGGUAGCCAGGAAACGCUCUGCGCCAUCUACUGAUCGUCCAAGAAUGCGUACUCAGCCCCCACAGCGGGAUGCGGGCCAAACCGUAACAUCCGCUAAUGUUAUGACAUCGUCAGCCGUGACAAGGAUACCAGCAACUGGGAACAUGGAAGCGCGAGAGACGUACUUGAAAACACUGCCAAGGCGUGAUAUAAAAGCAAGCGAGAGCCAAAGUGACGAUGACGAUUUGCUGCCUAUCAGACCCAAAACGGACUCUCUUCUGUCGACUCACGUCAAUACAGCUAUAGAACGGCAGGCUCUUUCUCCUGAAGAGCAAAAUGAAUCUUCCGAGCUAAAUGUUCAAGAUAUACCUACAUACAGGAGCCAAGAUGCAGACGAACUUCCUGCAACCCAGCCUGUUGAGGCGCCAAGAAAAAUCUUCAAGCCUCUGUUUUAG